GGAGCCCACAGCACAGCAACUGGCUUCCCUCUAACAUGCAAUUUUGAACUCAGCAAAACUGAAAUCAAAUUACCAUCAUAUUGUGUGGGUGAAGGAUUAAAGAGACGGGGCUACCGACUGCCUUAAUGAGGAUGAAGGAUCCAGUAAGUCAAAGAACAACCAAGUACAUCUAAUGUCUGGACCCUGAAGCCUCAUGCUGAGAAAUGGAUAUUCUUGUGGAAGAGGAUAGCUCUGUGACCCCAACUACAAACUCCUUAAUACAAUUAAACCAUGACAGAAGACUCUACAAACCUGAUUUCCUCUCUGGAGAGAACAACACUUCUGAUGCACUUAACUGGACCGUGGAUGCUGAAAAUGGCACAAACUUCUCCUGUGAAGGUGGCCUCGCGCCCCCUUGUUAUUCCUUACUCCAUUUCCCAGAGAAAAACUGGCCCGCAUUGCUGACAGCUAUAGUGAUUGUUCUUACCAUUGCUGGAAACAUACUUGUCAUUAUGGCAGUCACGCUGGAGAAGAAACUGCAGAAUGCCACCAAUUACUUCCUGAUGUCACUUGCCAUUGCUGAUAUGCUGCUGGGUUUCCUGGUGAUGCCAGUGUCAACAUUAACCAUCUUGUAUGGGUACAAAUGGCCCUUGCCCACAAAACUCUGUGCAGUCUGGAUUUAUCUGGAUGUGCUUUUCUCCACUGCCUCCAUCAUGCAUCUCUGUGCAAUCUCCUUGGACCGCUAUAUAGCUAUUCGGAACCCCAUUCAUCACAGUCGCUUUAACUCAAGAGCUAAGGCGUUUUUGAAAAUAAUUGCUGUUUGGACCAUAUCAGUAGGUAUAUCAAUGCCUGUUCCAGUCAUUGGCCUACAAGAUGACUCCAAAGUCUUUAAAGAAGAGAGCUGCUUACUGGCUGAUGAGAACUUUGUCCUGAUUGGCUCUUUUGUGGCCUUCUUCAUCCCCUUAGCCAUUAUGGUGAUCACCUACUUUUUAACAAUAAAGACACUUCAGAAAGAAGCCACUUUAUGUGUGAAUGAUGUUGGCACAAAGAACAAAUUGUCAUCUUUCAGCUUCCUCCCUCAAAGUUCCCUGUCUUCAGAAAAACUCUUCCAGCGUUCCUUGCACAAGGAACCUGUGUCUUAUGGAAGGAGAACUAUGCAGUCUAUCAGCAAUGAACAAAAGGCUUCUAAAGUCCUUGGUAUUGUUUUCUUCCUGUUUGUUGUAAUGUGGUGCCCCUUCUUCAUCACCAACGUGAUGGCAGUCAUCUGCAAGAAGUCAUGCAAUGAAAAUAUCAUUGGAAUUCUACUGAAUGUAUUUGUUUGGAUUGGUUACCUCUCUUCUGCUGUCAAUCCAUUAGUGUAUACACUGUUCAAUAAAACUUACCGGUCUGCUUUUUCUCGUUAUAUCCAGUGUCAGUACAAGGAGAACAAGAAACCUCUUCAAUUGAUUUUAGUAAACACCAUACCUGCGUUAGCUUACAAUUCUAGGCAAGUCCAAAUGACAGAGAAGGAUGAAAAGAAAGACUCUGAGGUAACGGAUAAAGACUACACUGGGAUUGAUAUUGGAAUACACAAUUUAGAUAAUUCACCCAAGGACAGUGUCAUCCCCGUGAAUGAAAAGGUUAGUUCUGUGUGAUCACACCAGACGGUGAGUGGCUACUAUGGCAACCAUGGAGUACACACUGAGAAAGUUUUUACCUAACUGAAAAGAGAGAAAGACUUGGAAAAAUUAGGCCAGUCUAAUAGACCCAUCAAUAGUAUCAACAUAUUCCUCAUAUUAUUCUGUCAAUG